AGUAUAUGAACAGUCGAGCCUCGCAAUCCAAAACGAGAUGGUUUGGUGACCAUGUUUAAUGGAGGCCGCGAAGGUGUAUAACGGUUAUUCGACUUACCUAUCCCAAAAAGUCAGUGAAUUGACCAUAAUUUUUCAAUUCAAUUUUUUUAAAGGCAAAGUCUUAACCUACAACCAAUAUACUUGGGGUAUAAACAAAACAAAUCUUUGUGUGCGUGUCUCCUUUACCCAGUAGAUUGGUAGCUGGCGCGUCGGUGCGUAGGAC